AUGUCAGCGUUGAUUACGCACCGUAAACCUGGACGCAAGUCAAAGACUUUUGCAAAUUUAGACUUUACGGAUAAAAUUACAGUCAUGUUGACUGAAAGGAAAACCGAAAAAGUCGGUGAAAAAAUGUUACCUGUAACAACCAGUUUGGAAAACUCCAUAGAUAAUUUGGAAAAUCUGUCGAAAGAAUUGGUCCACGCCGGAGACCCCAAUGAAAACAACAUAGGAUUUGUUGCAAAGGAUGCUAUUGAUAAGAAGGAGUUAGCGACUAUGUCUUUUUCAAGAUUGCGGCGCGGUCGAAAACGUAGAACAGUUCCUAAAGAGUUAGAUUUUACAGGAAAUAACCCUAUCAUGGUGGUGGAGCAUCCGAAAAAACGAAGAAUGGCAGAAGAAGGUGCAGACUACAAAGAGGAACAGCUUUCUGUCAUGUUAGAAAAGUCGGCCGAUAUUGUAGAUGAGUGUAAAACUGUAGUAAAUUAUCGUAUUGGCAGAGAAGAGCUCGCACAAAUGACUACAGAGGAGUUGGGAGAUUAUGCCAAAUUCUUUGCAACGGCGUUAACCUCAACCAACCUAACAACUGCAACUCUUAACUGGUAUUAA